GCUCGGACGUGGUUCGACGAUAUUCUAGUUUUUCCGGUCAGUUCCGGAGAAUGGAAGCGUUCAGGAACGCUGCGCGCAAGGUCGUGAGCAGAUCGUCCGAUGACCAACAAUUGGAGUGCUCGCUCAUGGCGUCGGUCCAGAAGCAGCUGACCGAAGUUGCGGACGCCGUGACCUCGGUGUGGCCACUUGCUCAGUUGUCGGACCUAGAGAGACGCGAAUGCGCCAAGACUUCGGCCGUAAGACGAUUUCCGGCGAGAAGCAUCGUCUACGAUGACGAUCGUAACUCCAACGAGGCGAAUGCUUACUUCGUGCUCGAAGGUCGGUGCACUUGCAUGCAGCGACUUCAUGUCCGCAAGACGACAGUAAACGGCCGCAACCGUUUUGCACUGAUCCGAGAUCAUAAUGGCGAUGGCCAAUCACAUUUGGACAUACAGGGAAAUGUGCAGACGGUCUACAUGAAGAUGUCUAAUCUACGUCCGGGUUCGGUUUUUGGUCUGGGCGAAAGGCGUUCGGGUCGGAUGGUGAUAGCCACGGCCGAUGUCAAGUGUCUGCUCGUCCCGUUGUCGUUCCUCGCAAAACACAACGGGUCUAACAUCUGGGGAAGGACCGUGUGCUCUCUGGACGGUACCAAUCCGACGGUCGAGCAGUCGUUCCGGAAGUUCGUCGUGGAAAACAGAUGGGAAGAGUACAAGAAGUCGUUAGCGGGCGACUUGUUCCGGAAACGCCGACCAUAG